AUGCCCCAACUCCAGAAAGCAGUCAUCACCCGCAGCCCAGGCCAGGCUGAAUUAAUCACCAACCGGCCUCUUCCCGCCCUCCGCGAUGGCUAUCUCCUCGUGCGCACCGUCGCCGUGGCCCUGAACCCCAUCGACUGGAAACGCCUAGAGAGUACGCCCGCCCCAGAGGCGACGAUGGGCCACGACUACGCCGGCAUUGUUGUCGCAGUCGGUGCCUCUGUCAACCGUCCGUUCCAAGUGGGAGACCGGGUCUGCGGGCUCGUCAAUGGCGGCGACGGCACGCAGAUCGAGAACGGGGCGUUUGCCGAGUAUAUCGUCGUCAAGGGGGACGUGCAAAUCAAGAUUCCGGACGGGGUCAGCUUUGUCGAUGCGGCCACGGCAGGUGUUGGGAUCCUGUCUGCUGGACAGUGCCUGUAUGGCCCGUCGGGACUGGGACUGCGGUUGCCGGGCGUUGGACAGGGUCAGUCGGACGGAGAGGCUGUGUUUGUGUAUGGAGGGAGCACGGCAUCUGGGCUGUGGGGGAUGCAGUUUGCGAAAUUAUCAGGCUACACGGUAGUCACAACAUGCUCGCCGCGCAACGACGACCUCGUCAAGAGUUACGGUGCAGACGUGAUCUUCGACUACCAUGAUCCGAAAUGCGGUGCCAAAGUCCGCGAGCGGACUGGGAAUGCGCUCAAACUGGCAUGGGACACCAUAGCCACCGCCGAGUCAGCCAGAAUCUGCUCAGAGGCAAUCGGCUCUGCGGGUGGAAAAUACCACGCGCUUCUGCCUGUGCCAGGCCCCCGAGACGAUGUUGCAUCGGCAUUUACGGAUGCCGGCACUGUCACUGGAGAGGCAUUUGAAUAUGGGCCUGACAGAAUGGUGAUUCCGGCCAUGCCUCACGAGUUCGAAUUCGCGGUGCGAUGGGCUGGUUUGGCGGAGAAACUGUGGAAAGAAGGGAAGUUGAAGACUCUGCCGGUUGAGAUGGGACACGGGGGUUUGGAGGGCGUUCUAGAGGGGCUAAAGAUGUUGAAGGAGAACAAAAUCAGCGGCCGGAAGUUGGUUGGGACUAAAUGUAUUGUCUAA